UAGUGAAAGUCCGACGCAUGCGCCGUAGCUCUGCGCAGCCUCGCGCCGCGGCCUCCUCACCGACCGGCCAACUGGUUCACAGUUAGUCCCCGACUAUCUUACGAUGCGCGCCAAACUUGACUUGUUGUUGUGCCUUCUGUUUGUUUUGGGAGUCGCUUCGGCGACGACCCUGGAGCGAUCGAAGAGGCAGAGCAACAGCAUCGGCAAGCAGAGCCAGCAGAGCAACGACGAAGAUGCAACAGACACCGAUGAUCCUUCCAUCGAUGAGCUCUGCGCCAACAGGCCGCCGGAUGAGUACUUCAGACUCACCACCGAGGGAGACUGCAGAGAUGUGGUCAGGUGUGACCAGGCAGGCGAGAACGGCGUCACCCGGCUAGCCGGCGUGCGGUGUCCGAACGGGCUCGCUUUCGAUAUAGAUCGACAAACGUGCGAUUGGAAAACGCAUGUAAAAAAUUGUGAUAAAUUAGAAAAGCCUAGGAAAGUGAUGCCGAUCCUCAAGACUGACGAACCGGUCUGCCCGGAGGGGAAGCUCUCGUGCGGAAACGGAGAGUGCAUCGAGAAGGAACUCUUCUGUAACGACAAGCCCGACUGCAAGGACGAGUCAGAUGAAAACGCCUGCACCGUGGAGCUGGACCCCAACCGUGCCCCCGACUGCGACCCAACCCAGUGCACAUUACCGGACUGUUUCUGCUCUGCCGAUGGAACCAGGAUCCCUGGAAACAUCGAGCCAAACCAGGUUCCUCAGAUGAUCACGAUCACGUUCAACGGCGCCAUCAACGUGGACAACAUCGACCUGUACGACGAGAUCUUCAACGGUCAGCGUCAGAACCCGAACGGGUGCCAGAUCCGCGGAACGUUCUUCAUGUCGCACAAGUACUCCAACUACGCCUCCGUCCAGGACCUCCACCGGCGAGGACACGAGAUCGCCGUCUUCUCGCUGACGCACAAGGACGACCCCAAGUACUGGACCGGCGGCUCCUACGACGACUGGCUCGCUGAGAUGGCUGGCGCCAGGCUCAUCAUCGAGAGGUUCGCCAACAUUUCCGACGGAUCCAUCAUCGGCAUGAGAGCCCCAUACCUCAGAGUUGGAGGUAACAAGCAAUUCGAGAUGAUGGCCGACCAAUUCUUCGUCUACGACGCCUCGAUCACGGCCCCGCUGAACCGAGUGCCGAUCUGGCCGUACACGCUCUACUUCCGGAUGCCGCACAAGUGCAACGGUAACGCCCAGAACUGCCCCUCGCGGUCGCACCCCGUCUGGGAGAUGGUCAUGAACGAGCUGGACCGGCGGGACGACCCCACGUUCGACGAGUCCCUUCCCGGGUGUCACAUGGUCGACUCCUGCUCCAACAUCCAGACCGGCGAGCAGUUCGGCCGCCUCCUCCGACACAACUUCAACCGCCACUUCACGACCAACCGCGCCCCGCUGGGUCUCCACUUCCACGCCUCCUGGCUCAAGAGCAAGAAGGAGUUCAAGGACGAGCUCAUCAAGUUCAUCGAGGAGAUGAACGAGAAGAACGAUGUCUACUUCGUCACCAUGCUCCAGGUUAUCCAGUGGAUGCAGAACCCGACUGAAGUGAGUUCCUUGAGAGAUUUCCAGGAAUGGAAGGAGAAAUGUGACGUGAAGGGACAGCCCUACUGCUCCCUGCCCAACCCUUGCCCGCUGACGACGAGAGAGCUUCCAGGAGAGACGAUCCGUCUUUUCACGUGCAUGGAGUGUCCCAACAACUACCCUUGGAUCCUCGACCCAACCGGGGACGGCUUCUCCGCAAAAUGAAGAAAAUAAUAUUCCCAAGCUGGAAAUCCACCCCGUGUACAGUGUUCGAAAGCAUUCUCACCCGCCCCUCACGAGCUAUGCACUCUCCUCAUCGUUCCCUCCGAAGGGGUUGAAAAAAAAAUGAGUCGCUGAAUCACGCCAGGGGGUGAAUGCUGGUCUAUGAAAUACCUACCUGGAAAAUACUUGUAGGCGUGCGGAAUUAGAGAUGAAGGAUAUGAUUGGACUUCAUUUUGCAACAAAGAACUACAAUUUCUGG